CACAGAUCGUAGCGCACCGCUUAUAAAAAUGGCCGGUCCUCCUCGCUCACCAUCCCCCAUCCAGCUGAACCACCACCACCAGCUCCACUGCACAUUCCAGAGCAGCACAGAGCAAUGGACGACGGCCUGGGCACCACCGCCGGGACGCCUCACAAGAAGCGGGUGGUGCUGUACCCGUCGCCGGGGAUGGGCCACCUGGUGUCCAUGAUCGAGCUCGGCAAGCUCUUCGCAGCGCGGGGCCUGGCCGUCACCAUCCUCAUCGUGGAGCUGCCCUUCGUCGACACCGGCGCGCGGGGGCCCUUCCUGGCCGGCGUCACCGCGGCCAACCCGGCCAUCUCCUUCCACUGCCUGCCCCGCGUCCGGUUCCCGCCCCUCGCCUCCUCGCACCCCGAGGCCGUCACCUACGAGGUCGCCCGCCUCUCCAACCCGCACCUCCGCGACUUCCUCCUCGCCGGUGAUGCCCGUCCAGCCGUCCUCGUCGUCGACUUCUUCUGCAGCGUGGCCCUCGACCUCGCCGCCGAGCUCGGGGUCCCGGGCUACUGCUUCUUCACGUCCGGCGCCGAGGCCCUGGCGUCCUUCCUGUACCUGCCGGUGCUGCACGAGCAGAGCGCCGCCAGCUUCCGGGAGAUGGGCGAGGAGCUGGUGCGCGUGCCGGGGAUCUCGCCGUUCCCGGCCACGCACGCGCUCAAGCCGCUCCAGGACCGCGACGACGCGGCGUACCGGGGCUUUUUACAGGUUUCACCGGACCUCUGCCGCUCGCAGGGCAUCAUCAUCAACACGUUCCGGUCGCUGGAGCCGCGCGCCGUCGAGGCGAUCGGCGCGGGGCUCUGCACGCCGCCCGGCCUCCCGACCCCGCCGGUGCACUGCAUCGGGCCGCUGAUAAAGUCGGCGGAGGUGGGCGUGAAGCGCGGCGGGGAGUGCCUGGCGUGGCUGGACGCGCAGCCGGAGGGCAGCGUGGUGUUCCUCUGCUUCGGCAGCCUGGGCGUGUUCAGCGCGGCGCAGAUCAGGGAGAUCGGCGUCGGGCUGGAGGCGAGCGGCGUGAGGUUUCUAUGGGUGGUCCGCAGCCCGCCGAACGAGGACCCGGCCAAGAGGUUCGAGGAGCCGCCGGAGCCGGACCUCGGCGCGCUGCUCCCGGAGGGCUUCCUUGAGCGGAUCGGAGAAAGAGGGCUGGUGGUGAAGACGUGGGCGCCGCAGCGGGACGUGCUGGCGCACGGCGCGGUGGGCGGGUUCGUGACGCACUGCGGCUGGAACUCGGUGCUGGAGGCGGUGAUGGCCGGCGUGCCGAUGCUGGCGUGGCCGCUGUACGCGGAGCAGCGGCUGAACCGGGUGUUCCUGGAGAAGGAGCUGGGGCUGGCCGCGGCGGUGGAGGGGUACGACCAAGAGGGUGAGCUGGUGGAGGCCGGCGAGGUGGAGAAGAAGGUGCGGUGGCUGAUGGAGUCCGACGGCGGGAGCGUGCUCCGGGAGCGCACGCUGGGCGCCAUGAGGAGGGCCAAGGAGGCGCUGGCCGCGGGCGGGGAGUCGGACGUGACGCUCACCAAGCUGGUGGAGGGCUGGAUGGGAGACGAUAAGGUGCAACGCCAAUAAUGGAGGUCAAGCGACUACCUGCGAACAUCAAACAUCUGUAUCAGUCCACUGUUAUGGCAAUCUAGAUAAGCCUGAAAAAGAUGCACACUUGUGAUUCUCAACAGAGAAGAAAGUGCACAUGAACAAAGUUUUUUUAAAUGAAAAUGACAUAUUUAAAGUUUCAGAAAAGGUCUGAAAAAUACACAUGUACGCGGGUAUGUAUGUAUAUUUCAUUACUGUAAUUUAAUCUCUAUAUAUGGAUAGUGCUUACAAGUGCA